UUGGGACCCGGAUCAGCUAGAGCAGUAAGGAUAUCCUUGAUGGUGUGAAGUAUGGAAUUUGAAGAGAGCCUUCCCCCUGAGCUGGUUUCUUUAAAGCGAGAACUGUCUUGUAUAUUUCCUAACUUAAGUGAUGACGUAAUCUACGAUACUGUCUUUGAUCACAGAAACAAAAAUGACAUAGAUCGGUGUAUUCAACAUCUGUUGGACUAUUGUAUAGAUACCAGGCACCCGACUGAUGAUAAAGCGUACCUCGAAGAUCUACAGGCUCUGCCUUGUUCAAUUGGUGCCAUAUCAAUUCAAGACUUGGAGCAACAGUCGAAGCCAGUUUUGCAAGGACGCCAAAGUGCAGAGGACAGGCAGUCCAAAAGAAUUGUGGUCAUCGGAAAAACGGGAUCUGGGAAGAGCUGUACAUGUAACACCCUUCUAGGUAAAGAGUCGUUCAAGACUUCCUUUGCAGCAUUGUCAGUGACUGAGAAAUGUCAAUCAACUAAAGUUGAAAGAUUUGGACAAUCAAUCCUAUUGAUCGAUACUCCGGGAGUGUUCGAUACAAAUGUGCCAAACGUGACAAUCCUGUCAGAAAUUGCGAAAUGUAUCAGCAUGUCCCUACCUGGACCUCAUGUAUUUCUACUUGUCAUCCAGGCAGGGAGGUUCACGCCGGAGGAAAGCCACACUGUCAACCAUGUUGCGAAAGUUUUCGGAGAAGGCAUGUUCAAACACACAAUCGUGGUGUUCAACGGAAAAGAUAACUUAGAAAAACAACACAAGUCAUUAGAGAAGUUUUUGCAGUCGAUACCGCCUUCACUGGAGGAAAUUAUAGAGAAAUGCAACAGGCGUUGUAUUGCUGUUGAUAACGGUCAGGAAAAUGCUUUCCGUGACGAUGACGCUAAGAAACUGAUGGAACACAUCAACGUUCUUGUGGAGGAACAUCACGGUGGCUACUACACGAAUGAGAUGUUUCAGGCAGCUGAGAAGAAGUGUCGCGAAAGGGAAGAAGAAAUACGGCGUCAAAAAGAUUUGGAAAAACAGAAAGAAAAAGACGAAAUGAAAAAGCAGCUAAAGAAACAGUUUCAAAAGAAAUUAAAUCGUUGGGAAACUGAAAAAAACAUACUAGAGGAAAAAGUAGUUAAUUGCACGAGAGAGAGACAAAACUUGGAGGAAAGGUUGCAAAACAGCAAUGUGACAGAUAAAGAAAUGGAGGUAAUCAAGAAAAAAUUAAGAGAUGUUGAAGAAGAAGCUGAACGAUACAAAGAACAGGCUGAAUAUGCUAAUAACGAGCGACAGAUAUGUUUACAAAAUCGUGAUCAAACUAUAGCACGGCGUUCCGAUGUCUUAGAUAGAAAAUAUCAAAACGAUAUCAAAAUAAUUACCGCAAUGUCAAAACCGGAAGCAGUAUUAACGAUAUUCAAGGGAGUAUUGGAAGUAGCAUGGGGGGCGUGGCAAUUAUGGCACCUUGUGUAA